AGUCUGUGUUUAACUUGCAAAGCCAACACGUGAACGCAAGAGAUUGAACGCUAAAGUUCUUAAAUAGAUAAUUAAAUAUUUUCUUUUCUAGUCUAAAUUUAGAGAGAAAAUAAAAGAAAGUUUCAAAAUUAUUUCUGCUGAUUUAAAAGCGUGAGAAAUGAAUUGGAAAAUUGUUGAGUUUAAAAUCAUCUGUUAACCAAUCCGGAAAACCUUUCAAGUAAACAAAACUUAGUCAGAAAACUUUCUGACUUGUUGGUGACUCAUAAGUUUAAAAUUUGUUGUGUCAAAGUUUACUUGUUUAUAAGAACUUUAGUGAAAACAUGAAGAAAUAUAUGAAUCCAAGAUUAUGGAUUGGACUUCGAGCGACAAAAGCAACAUUGGAUUCAGCUAAAUUCAUUUUAUUUUAUGGUAAAACGUUAAACGAACAACGUGCUUUCACAUUGCCGAAAGCAGUAGAAAUUCUAGAGCAGGAAGAGUUUGACAAUGCAAAGCCGACUGUAAUCUACAUACAUGGAUUUAUCGAAACUAUGGCAAACGAAAGCAUUAAAGUUAUCGUCGAUGCUUAUCAAACACGUGGAGAUCACAAUAUCAUCAUAUUGGAUUGGGGUGAGUUAGCCGAUGGAAAUUAUUUACUUGAUGCUGUUCCCAAUUCAGUGAAGCUUGGAAAUAUCCUCGCGGAUACAAUUCUUGAUUUGGUUAAUAAUGGACUUGAUGUCAACAAGCUUCAUCUGGUCGGACAUUCGCUUGGAGGUCAAAUGGCCGGAUAUAUAGCAAGGAAAAUUAAGGACAAAUCGUGCAAUACAAUUAAGCUUAAACGAAUUUCAGCCCUGGAUCCAGCUUUUCCACCUUUCUAUCCCGGAGUAUUUGUUAAACCACUCAAUAAGAAAGACGCAGAAUUGGUUGAUGUGAUUCACACUGAUGCAUGGCUUUAUGGUGCACCAGCAUCAACAGGAACUGCAGACUUUUGGCCAAAUAGUGGCAAAACUCUUCAACCUGGAUGUCCCAAAAGAAACUACAAGAUGUUAAGUGAAAAUGAUUUGUGUAGUCAUCGUCGAAGUUGGUAUUUCUGGGCUGAAAGUGUUGCAAGAAAACAAGAGAAAAGUUUUCCUUCAAUCAAAUGUAAAUCGUGGAAUAAUUUCAAAGAAGGACGUCAUGAAGGAACUACUGAGAUAGCUUACAUGGGAAUAGACUGUCCAUUGAAUGCAAGUGGUGACUAUUUCCUGCAAACAAACGGUGAAACUCCAUUCUCAAAAGGAAUGACGGGAACCGUUUAUGAAGCGAAAAAGUCUAAGACUUGAAUGCUGUUUUAAAAUUUGACGAAAAUGAAUUUGUGAUGUGUUAAGAGAACUAUUUAUUAUUGACAUAAUGACUAUUAAAAGCUGUUUUUAAAGAAGAUUUAAGACAAAAGUCCAUUAGACCAAAAUUUUGAAUAUUUUAACAUAAAAAAUGGUUUCACACCUUUAGAUAUUUUACAAAACUGUGUCGUUGAUUUAUAUUAAAUAAUUUAAUUUAAUUAAUAGACUCACAGAGUUAGCUAGCAGUCCAAUUUAAAGUUACAAAUUGUUAAAAGAAUUUUCAUUGAUGUACAUAAUUAAAUGACAAUUCUAAAAUUUAAAGAAGAAAGCUUGAAAUUUCUUAUUUGAAAGAUUUUUCUGUUCUUAGAAAAUGUUAAGUCCAAUAAGAAUAAGAAUCAUUAUUGUUUACAAAGUAGACAUUACUGUUGAGACUCUGACUUUCAGAGCAUAAUAUUUGAGACAAUUAGUGAAUGGUAAAAUAUUAUUAAUUAACGUCAAAGAAGUUUCAUUCAUGAAUAGAAUUGCGAAUAAAUACGAACAUAAAUUUUGCUAAUUUCUUAACAACAAAGCUCAUGAAAGAGAUUGACGAAUGUCAAAGAGACAAAAAAUGUUCCAAAAUAAUAUUUAUUAAUAAAAAAUAUUCAAUUCAUCAUUAUCAGUUCUUAUUGGUUACCCCAGCAAUAAAAGUUGAAUCUUGUUAUUAAUUCUACUUUGAAUAAAUUAUAAUGACGCAUUAAGUAAUAUUUUCAAUUCAACUUUUAUUUAUAUCAUUCAUGGAAGUAGAUUUUUUCAUUCCAAUAAAAUCAAAUUACGAUGAAUGAAAAUAAUUUGAAAGCUUUAAGUGAAAAAGCUUUAAGCGCUUUAAAGUAUUUAGCGAAGCUUUUUUUAUGAGAAAUGUUCAAAUGAACUUUGAUUUGAAACGCUUUUUUCAUCUUGUCACUUACAUAUGUCGGAAGCAUUAAAUUUUUAAUUGCAAGAAUAAUCACAACUUUUCUACGGCUCACUAACAACUUUUAAUUAAAUGAACCAAGACCUUACCAAACUAUUUCAUUCUGGUCUAAUUACUUUCUCUCUCUCAUAAUGAUUGAAUGAUCAAGACAUAAUUUAUCUUAGUUAUUGACAAAAAAAGUAAAUCAUGAAAUAAUGGAAAUUGAAAUUUAUUAUUUUAUAAGAAAAAAUAUUAAAUAAUUUUUUUCUGAAACGAUCAAAACUUCACGCUGUUUACAAAGCGUUUUUAUGUAUUAUGCUGCCAACUACAACGCACCCGUUGAUCGCAUAGAUUUGAAUUUAUAAAAUCAAACCGAGUUCUUAGUCACGCAAGCAUUUUGUAAUCGAAUGAUCAUCAAAAGCGAAAACUUUUCCUAUCGAUGCAAUCAUUAGAAGGUUUUCCCUUUCAUCUAAUCGCUGCUGCUCUACACAUUCGAAACUGUAGCUUGGCUUCAUCUUUGAAUGACAUUUAAUGAAUUGUUUUCUCUUCUGAUCACUGACUGAAAAGCUAUUUAAACUUUGUUGUAACGUUGUUUAACAGCUGUUGGAGUUCCCUUUUAGAGAAAACUAUUAAAGAGAGAAUCACUUUCUCAUGCAACUAAAUCAUUGCAAUCUUAUUGAAAAUAUCUCAAAGACAUGUCAUAGCAAUUUAUCAGUUAACAAAGGAAGUAUAAUAAAAUACGAGUUGAAUUAAAACAAAAAC